GCACUACACGACCAUGAUCCUCCGGUUCACCAGCAAAGACGGCCUGUUCCGGCUCAAUGUCGAGCCCACGACUGCCUUCACCGAUAUCCUGCCCCAGCUCGCGGAGAAGCUACCCAAGAACACGGACAUCGAGAGCAUAAGCGUGGGCAACCGCCCCCAGGGAGGCGACUUUAGGAAGAUAGCUUCACUCAAGGGCGUCACGUUCCAGCAGGUUGGACUGUCAAACGGCGCACAGCUCUUCCUCAACUUCGACGAGCAGGCCCCGGUAUCAAACGGCCAUGGUGCAGCUCCGGCAAAUGCAUCCCGCCUGAAUGGCAAGCCAGUCGAAGCCUCCGAUAUGCCCUCCGUGCCCCUCGGCGGCCCCGUAGAAGUCAUCAAGAACCCGUGGGAGGUGGUCAAGCAGUCGCCGCUCGACGACAGACUGGACAGGCAAGACGGCAAGAUCCCACGGAAGCGCGACGCGAGGAUGUGCACACACGGACCCAAGGGCAUGUGCGACUACUGCAUGCCGCUGGAGCCCUACUCGGCCGAGUACCUCGCCGAGAAGAAGAUCAAGCACCUCUCGUUUCACUCCUAUCUGCGAAAAGUAAAUUCUGCCAAGAACAGGCCGGAGCUCGGCAGCUCGUACAUGCCUCCGCUCACCGAACCAUACUAUCGCGUGCGACCAGACUGCCCAUCAGGACACAAGCCGUUCCCAGAGGGCAUCUGCACGAAAUGCCAGCCUAGCGCUAUCUCGCUCAAGCCGCAGGAGUACCGCAUGGUUGAUCACGUCGAGUUUGCUUCGAUACAGGUUGUGGACGAUCUCAUCAACUUCUGGCGAAAUACUGGGUGUCAGCGGUUAGGCUUUCUGUAUGGCCGGUACGAGGAGUACACCGAGGUGCCUCUGGGAACGAAAGCCAUCGUCGAGACAAUCUAUGAGCCGCCGCAGGUCAACGAGGUGGAUGGCAUUUCGCUGGGAGAUUGGGACAACGAGAAAGAGGUCGACGAGAUUGCUGCACAGUGUGGACUUCAGAGGGUGGGAGUAAUAUUCACAGAUCUGCUGGAUGCGGACAAGGGUGACGGGUCUGUCAUCUGCAAGCGCCACAUCGACUCCUACUAUCUAUCCUCUCUUGAAAUCAUCUUCGCAGCGCGGUACCAGGCGAAAUACCCACGGCCGUCCAAGUGGAGCGAGACGGGCAGGUUUGGGUCGAAUUUCGUCACCUGUGUCAUCAGCGGUGACGACCAGGGACAGAUUGGAAUCUCGUCCUAUCAAGCCUCGAAUGCUGCGGUCGAGAUGGUGCGAGCAGACAUUAUCGAGCCUUCAGCGGAGCCGUCAGUCAUGCUUGUCCAGUCGGAGGACGACAACGAGGCCCUCAACCGAGCGCGGUACAUUCCUGAGGUGUUUUACAGGAGAAUCAACGAGUACGGGGCGAAUGUUCAAGAAAGCGCCCAACCCGACUUUCCUUACGAGUACCUUCUCAUCACGCUUACUCAUGGUUUCCCGUCUCAACCAAAUCCCCUCUUCACUGGAGGCAAGUUUGCCAUCGAAAACCGCGAUAUCAUGGGUGAGAUGCCUGAUAUACCAGCGUUGGGCAAAGCGCUCAACGCUAGGGCGAACGGUCUUGCGCUCAACACUACAAGUGGCCUCAACGCCAUAUCGAAUUUCCACUUGCUUUGCUUCAUCCACAGUCUAGGUAUCUUGUCGCCGGAUGAAGCCUCCCUCCUCUUCAAAGUCGCCUCGACUCACGAUGCCUCAGAAGGCUCAGCGCUGCAACACACCAGCGGCUGGGCCACGCUGUUGACGGUCCUCAAAGAAAGUGGUGAGCGCCCCCCGAAACGUUCUUAUCAGUCUCCGUCUCUCACCUCUGCGGCUCACCGCGAGCUGAGGAGGCAGCCUUCUUAUGGUUCCGACUCCGAUUCUGUACAGCUGGCUAAGAGGGUAAAGGGGGUUAGUCUGAAGGGAAAUCAAAUGCUAAAACCGAACACCAGCCGCCCAAAGACCCUCUCCGAAGUAACCGCCCAAGACAACACGAUCCAGAUCCUCUCGCGCACACUACAGUCCUCCAACCUCCCACACAUGCUCUUCUACGGGCCCCCCGGCACAGGAAAAACCUCGACCAUUCUCGCACUUGCCAAGCAGCUCUACGGGCCCGAACUCAUGAAGAGCCGCGUGCUCGAGCUCAACGCCUCAGACGAGCGCGGAAUCAGCAUCGUGCGGCAGAAAGUCAAGGACUUUGCGCGCCAGCAGCUCAGCACCGCGCCGACGUACAGCGUCAUGGCCGAGGACAAGGAGGGCGGCGAGGGCAAGAUGGUGAGGUACAGGGAUCUGUACUCGUGUCCGCCCUUCAAGAUCAUCGUGCUCGACGAGGCCGAUAGCAUGACGCAGGAUGCGCAGUCCGCGCUGCGCAGGACUAUGGAGACGUACAGUAAGAUGACCAGGUUCUGCCUUGUGUGUAAUUACGUUACGCGCAUUAUCGAUCCGCUGGCGUCGCGGUGUAGCAAGUUUCGCUUCAAGAGCUUGGAUCAGGGGAACGCGGUGAAGCGCGUGUCGGACAUUGCGAGGCUGGAGAACGUGGGGCUCGACGAGGGCGUCGCGCAGGAACUUGUUCGAGUCGCGGACGGUGAUCUGCGGAAAGCUAUCACCUUCCUGCAGUCUGCGGCACGGCUCGUAGGCGCCACGCAGGGGCUGAAAGAAGGCAGUUCUACGAGGAAGAGGAAGAUCAUCCCCGACGACGAUGACGACGAAGACAACACUAACACCCCCGACGCGAUGGACCUCGACCCCCCCUCCACCACAUCACAACAAUCAUCCACCGUCUCGCUCCGCGCCAUCGCCGAAAUCGCAGGCGUAAUCCCCGCUCCCACGCUCUCCUCCCUCACCACCUCCCUCUUCCCCACGUCCGCAUCCAAAACUAUCCGCUACGCUGAGAUCGCGCGCGUCGUCGAGAAUAUGAUUGCUGAGGGGUGGAGCGCCACGCAGACGCUCGGCCAGCUGUACGAGACGGUCAUGUUUGAUGAGCGGGUGGAGGAUGUUAAGAAGGUUAGGCUUGUGGCGGUGUUUAGCGAGACGGAUAAGCGGCUUGUGGAUGGGGGGGAUGAGCAUCUUGCUGUGCUGGAUUUGGGGGUUAGGGUUGCGGGGGUGUUGUGUGGGGCGUAG